AUGGUCGAAUCCAAGGACAAAAAGUGGCUCGCGAUUGGUGGUGUGGUGGCUGGAAUUGCUGUCGCCGCCGCCGUUGGUGGAUCGCUAAUUAGAGUUUUCUUGAAAAAAUCCGCCAAAAUAUACCUACAGGGUCAGAAUAUUAAACUGCCCUUACGUCUGGUUGAUAAAGAAGUGAUUUCUGCUGAUACAGGAAUCUUUACAUUUGGCCUCCCUUCUGCCGAAUACGUUCUCGGCAUUCCCAUUGGUGGCUGCGUUCAGUUCCAUGCAAGAAUUAAUGGUGAAAAUGUCAAGCGGCCUUAUACCCCAAUUACAUUGGACGACCUGAAGGGAUAUGCCAAAUUCAUUAUCAAGAUCUAUAGGAAAGACGUAAACCCGAAGUUUCCUGCUGGUGGCAAAAUGACACAGUAUAUUGAUUCGUUGGAAAUCGGUGACGGUUUGGAAGUCAGUGGUCCAUUUGGUUUCAUUCAAUACUGCGGCGAUGGCGUGUUUGAAACGAAAGCUGGAAAUGCACGAAAGCUGAAGGCGACUCACAUAAACAUGGUCUGUGGUGGCACUGGACUCACACCAAUGUACCAACUUCUGAAGCACAUUCUCAAGUCCACCUCAGAUAAAACGAAAAUAGCACUUGUGUUCGCCAAUCACACUGAAAGUGAUAUUCUGAUGCGAGAUGAGCUGGAACAACUGCGGGAUCAAAACCAGAGCCAGUUUCGCAUCUGGUACACAGUGGCAAACCCACCACAGAGUAAGUCGUUUUUGCUUCACAAAGCACACUAA